CGAGCGCGCGUGUACUGACAGAGCUCUUCUCCAAUGGGAGCCGCGGAGGGGAAGUCACAGCGAAAUCCUCUGACUUUACUACGAAGGUGAAGCGCAGCCAAGGCAAUGGAGAGGAACCGCGUCAAAAUGCUCGUUUAAUGUUUGAAGAAAAGUAAGAUGCCCGGUUUAGUGUCAUGCCUUGGCGAUCUAAUAGUCACUGGAAUCAUCAUCCUCUUCUCUGACCACGUGCAAUCAGAGAUAUGGACCAAUGAAGUUUCAGACGUCCAGUUCGGCGGACUGGGCUCCAGGGUCACGCUGACAUGCGGAGGCGCUCACAGCGGGUCUCCGGUGGAAUGGCGGUUCAAUGGGAGCUCAGUACCGCCGUGGCAAACACACAAGGGCUCACUUACGCUACUGAACACCACGCACUCGAUGGAAGGCAACUACAGCUGCCAUGAUGAACGAGGAAUGUUACAGCAGUCCAUCAAACUACGCCUGGGCCAUCCGCCUCAUUUCGUCAAUGUUUCUUGCCGUGUGCCGAAUCAUAUGAAAAUCUACUGCUCCUGGGUACAAACUAAGACAACACACCUGCCCACGUUAUACAGAACCUCCUACAGUGCUAAUAAAGGCAGAGAGGUGGAGGCCUGUGAGCAGGAGCACAUUGGGCUGAAUGAGUGUGUGAUUACUAACCCUCCGUUCUGGACCUCAAAGCUCCUGGUGAACAUCACUGAAAUCAACCCGCUGGGAUCCAACUCCACCAUCAUCCAGAUAGAUGUUCAUGAACUCUUGAAGCCGGAUCCUCCUGAGGGCGUCAGAGUUCUGCAGGUGGAAGGUCAGUCCACUCAGUUACUGGUCCAGUGGAGUUGUCCUUCAUCCUGGCCGGCUGAAAUGCUGCCUGCUUUUCCCUUAACCUUCUCACUGCGCUACCGGCCGAUCGGCUCCAGCUACUGGUCGACACUGGAGACAGAGGACAACACCAGUCUAAAGAUCAUGGACGCUCUAGUGGACCACCUGCAUCAGAUCCAGAUCAGAGCUCAGGAUGCCCUGAUCAACCACAGCCAGUGGAGUGAAUGGAGUCAUGUGGUAGAGGCCCGGCCAUGGAUUGAGCCUUGGGAAGAGCCAACAGAAGAGCCGAUGGAUUUUAGCUUUCCAUUUUUCAACUUGUCAUUUCCAGUGAGGACAACAGACAAGUCUCCAGAUUCAUCAUUACACCAGAACGGAAGCCUCGGACUUUUGAUUUUGUUGGGGCUGUUUGCAGCGGUCAUGGUGGCUGUUUUAUUAACUAUCAUCACACUUCUACGGGUCAGACAAAGAAAACAGGACAAUGUGAAGAAACACGAACUGACUUCCAUGGUGAAGAUGAAGUCCAUACCGAUCUAAAAUUUGAGAAGUUGGCCGUCUUCAGUUCGGCCCUCAUAGGGCAUCAGUAUAGGGAAUCAGCACCACUGACAGACUGCAUUACCCACAAUCCACCUCUCCUCUCCUCUCCUCUCGGCCUCUCAGAGGAUGGGCUCUGAGUCCCGUGAACUGUGAACAUGUACAGUCUCCAAUGUAGCACAAUGCAAUGGAAAAACACAAGGAUUUCCUUCCUCCUUUACUCUUCUCCUUUCACAGCAAAUUCUUGGACAAUGAAAAACAUAUUUUUGUAUUGCUCUUUUCCUUCCGAUAUUCCCCGCAACUCCACUGGACUCCACUUCUGACACACGCAGUGCUGUGAAAGGCUCAGCAUUUGGCCGGACACGCGCAGCAUACGGGGCAUUACGGAGAAAGUGGCGAAAAAGACACUCUGUACCCUUUAGACAGCUGCUAUCUUUGGAAGACAGAAGGUUGGCUGUCUCGGCGCUCCAGCGAAGGAAGCGUGGUCUUUCUGGGGAGAGACAAAGACUGCUUUGUCUGUCUUCCUGCGAGAUUUCUUCUCAGAAACAGGUGGACACAUCUGCAGUUGAUUGGCUUCGUCUGGUUAGUUCCCCACCAGAUGUGGCAUCUAAAGCAUUGAGUUCUCGGUAAUAAACUCCUGUAAAAUGCAUUUCAUCAUAACAUCAGCCUCGGAGUUCAUGUCUUGACAGUAAACGCCAGCGUCGGUUACGAACUCGCAACUUUGGGUGAGCUGGUGUUCAACAAAACAGGACUUCAAUGCGAUAAAUGCAUUUCGUUUCUCUGGACUUUUUCGGCAUUUUCUCUGCAUUGAAUCGAGACAUGAAUGUAAAUCAGUCUUACAGUGUCACAUUUGUAAGGUGAUUAAAGCUGAUUGUUUCUAUGUUGAAGCUAGUAGAUAUUCACAAUAUUAAAUUCUAUUGAAGCUCAUCUAUAAAACGAUAUUGUUAUACAUUUAUGCAGUUAUAUUGUAUAAUAGUUUGUAUACAGCAUACUGUUCUGUUGUACAUUUGCUCUCCAGUGACAUAAAGCUCGAUGCAUGCGUUUUUGUAAUUCUUUUAAAAUAUAUGAUUUUAUUCGAAUUAUAAAAUUUUAGUAUGCAUAUCCUUCCUAUAGGUACAAACAAACAAAAAUAAGGAACGUUGUCCAAAGAAAGACAUGCAAUGGUUAAUGUCAAGUCUGGAAUAUGUAUCUAUGGAAGCUUUUUUUUUUUUAAUUUAAAAAUUAAAAAAAAUAAAUAAAUUGAGACUUUUGUUAAUCUCGCAAUUUUAUUUAUUUAUUUUUUACAUUUUCAAAAUUUUCGGUAAAAAAAACAAAAAAAAACAUAAGAUCUAAUUGCAAGUUUAUAUUUCACAAUUCCAACUUCUUGGAACUGAAGAUAUCUCACAAUUCUGAUAUUUGUUUAAUUUAUUUAUUUUACAAUCUUACAAUUCUGUUUAUAUCUUGCAAUUCUAACUUUAUAAAGUAUCACAAGUCAAAAUUGUGAGAUAUAAACUCAAACUCAGAUUUGUGAGGGAAAAAAAUCAGAAUGAAUAAAUUAAUACAUAAAUAUUUUUCAUUUUUUCUGGUGGUAGGAAAAAAAAAAAAAAAGCUUCCAUAGGUACCUUUUUGUUUUUUGGAUCAAAUGUUAUUUUUUAUAUCACAUUCUAAAAAAAAAAUACAAAUUCCUAUUCUGGCUUUUGCACCAAAUUAUAUAUUAAUUUUGGGUUUCUUGUUAACACUAAAGACCAAAAGUUCAACUAAAAAUAAUUGAGUUUUUAGUUUUUGGAUUUUUGAAAAGAUGUCACUGUGAUUAUUUCUUCUUGAUAAUUCUGAUAAUUCAUUGAAGAUGUUUGCCAUGUGUUUUUUCUUCAUGCAUUUUUGCACCAUUUGCUCAUAACCUCUGCCGUUCGUGUGCCUUAAAAUUUUUGCCUGUUUCAUCAGCAAGAUGAUUUGUGUUUUUGUAGUAUUCGCUUGGCACGUGGUCUGUGAGAUUGGUGCUCUGAUAAUACUUCACUUUAAGAUAGAUUGUGACUGAACAGUGAAUCAUUUACUGUAUGCAUAAAUCAUUUUCCAAUGUAAGAAAAAAGGGUUUUGUUUUGUCAGUCAUAUUUGAGACUAUACUCUUGGUCAUAUAUUCUACUUUCCCUGCUUUGAUUAAAGUCCUGCGUGUGAGAGUAUGUGUUAAUUUAGGCUGAAUUUUGGAUUUGAUUGACAUGAUGAUCAGCAGCAUACAGUAAAUUGCUGGUUCUCAACUGGUUUUGUUUCAGGACUCAGAUUUUAAAUGGGACGUCCGAUGCAGUACUAACCCUCAUGUUGUGUUCCAGUCAUUUUGACCUGGAAAGGAUUUUCUUUUUCCCAAAAAUGCUACUUUAAUGCUAUUGCAUUGGACUAAAACUUGCUGACUUUGCUCAUACAGGAUAUAACAAUUUCCUCCCCCCAAAAAUUGAUCAUUUUGGGAUUUAUUUCCCACCCAAAAUACAAAAAUGGCCAUCCUACAAAAAAUUGCUUAUAAAUUUAUUGUUAUUGCCAAAUAUUGGAUUCAAUCUUUUUGUCAACUUGUUUCAAUUAUCACAGCCUUUGUGUUUAUUUCACAGCCUUUGUGUUUAUUUUUGCAACAGAUUGCUUGUAGACCUCAUUGAUCUGAGCUUAUGCAUCAGUGUAUGAUGGAAUCAGUUUUUGAGUGAACAUUGCCAAAAUUAUCCAAAAAAAAACUGUGCAUGAGCCCAGAUCAGCAAGACCUACGAGCAAUCAGUUCCAAAAAGAAAUAUCAAGCCUGUGAUUAUUGAAAGAAAACAAAUUGAUAAAAAAGGUGGAAUCCAAAAUUUGGUAAUAAUAUAGAAUAUUCCAUUUAUUUAUUUUUUUUUUUUUCAGUUUUAAAUGUAUUUUAUUUUAUUUUUAAAUGUAUUUCAUUUUUAACAGCAUAAGGCCUACAUUGUAGAAUAAUUGAUAAAUAUUAAUAAUAAUAAUAUAUAUAUAUAUAUAUAUAUUUUUUUCCCCCAGUUUAAAAUUUUUACAUUUUUUUUUAAUUAUACAGCAAUGACCUAAAUUCUUUAUCACACAAAGUAAACAAAAAUAUAGCCAUACACUGCUCAGGCACAACAACACAAUAUUAACUUUUCAAUGCGUUGGGAGCCAUAUAAAUAAACUUCACAAAUUGUUUAAUAUAUAUUUCGUAAUUUUUUCUUUUUUUAUUUAAUUUUUUUAUUGUGUGCCAUGCAAUUUGGUAUCUAAUUAUGCUAGCGUCUACAAUAUGCACAAUUGUAUGGUUUUGCUGGAUCUAAUUUAUCGGUCAUGACCAGUUGAGAACGGCUUCAGCAAAGCGUCUGAACACUGUAACACGCUGAAAAUAUUUUCUUACCGCCGAUUUCUCUUUAUUUUUAGACCUCUGUGGUAUGAUUCCAUCUGUAAACGCACUCAUUAACAGCUGUGUGUUUCAGUCACUCCACACUGACCAUCAAGUCUUGCAUCAGAGAAAUUCAAUCUGGCGCUGAAGGAACCUGAUGCACGAUUCCAGAAAAACCAACCAAAGCAAACAAGCCAAUCGAUCAGCAAUCAUCUGUUACUGGCAGGACGGAGACAGGUUCUUGGAGUAAAAUUGCGUAUAUUUCCCGCUUCCUCUCUGCAUUUUUUAUAAUGUUGCAUGCAUGAUGUCAAAUCCAGAUGUAUUCGUUAGAUUGGACUACUGUUGCCUGUCAAAUAAGGGAAGGGCGUCCGCAGUAAAUGUACAUAGUAUUUUUUUUUUUUCUGUACAACAUAAGCUGUUUUAUUAUUCCUCGGUCUAUAUUUUUGUGAAAUAAAAGUUAUUUUAUCUGAAGAAAAGAACUGUUGUCAGAUUGGUGA